AUGUGUUCAGAAAGAGCUGCAUUUCUUUUGAGGUUACGUGAAAAGGCUCGCUUGGGCGCAGGCCAAAAUCGCACAAAGUAUCCAAGAAAUGAGGAUGACAUCAGGUCUCCAGAAGAUCUCUCAUCUUCAACUCUUUCAGACCUCAAUGGCUCUAACAUGGUUACUAACUUCAAAUUAAGCGAUGAUGCAAUCAUAAAUGUAUCUAAUAAUCCCGGUUGCAGCAGUGAUAGACCCAACAUUAUACAAAUCAGAGAAGAGCCAGAAGAUGACAUUAUUGAACACGAAAUGAUAGAUGAUAGCGAUUUAGAUCCUGAUUUCACACCGGAUUCGGAAUUUUCAGAUUCAGAAGAUAUUACAUUGAGUAGAAUGAGACAAAAACUUGUUCGACGAAAUAAAGAGUUAGAGAUUGCUCCAGUUGAAGAAACUAUAGUCAGGCGGAAAAGGGGCAGGAAAGUUAUCAAAGGAGAUACGAGAGAAGCAAGAAAUCGAAGGAAAGCGUGUCGAAAUGUCGGAGAAGAAUAUUCUACCUCAAAAGGAAAGCUGAUUCGUAAUCGCAAAUGCAUAAAGUUGAAUGAUUGCCGAAAAGGUUGUAUGCUGAAAGUGAAUCAUGAUAUUCAAAGAAGUAUUUUCGAUGAUUACUGGAAAAUAGGCAAUUAUGAUAAACGAGUUUCAUACAUAGCUAGUCUCAUUUUGAGAGAAGAUAAAAAAACUGGAAAAACGAAUCUCACAAAGAUACGGCAGUAUAACUACAGGUAUCACUUGAAAGUAUCUGGGUCUAUGAUAGAAAUCUGUAAAGGAUGUUUCAAAAAGACGUUCGACCUAUCCAAUAAAUACAUUGAAUAUGUUCUGAAAAAGACAAGCUCUUCAGGGGUUACGCUGGAUGAUCAAAGAGGGCAUCAUACACCUGCUAACAAAACUAGUUCUGAUAGGAUGGAUUCAGUUAAAGAACAUAUUUCACUAAUUCCUACAUAUGAAAGCCACUACUGCAGGGAAAGAACUGGAGAUAAGCGCUUUCUACCAUCUCAUUAUACCCUCAGUAGAAUGUAUGAUGAAUACAAAUCAUUCAUAAGUCCGCUAAAACCAGUUAGUAGAAAAAUUUACGAAUCGGUAUUCCACACGAUGAAUAUUUCAAUCAAGAAAUAUAGCAAAGAUACUUGCCAGCUUUGUGAUAGACUUCACAGUAUGAUAGCUAAUGAGAAAAAAGAAGAAGUGAAACAGAAGUUGAAGGUCGAUUUACAAAUUCAUCAAAAAGAAGCAGAAGCAGCAUAUUCAGCGAAAAAGAAAGAUAAAGAAGAUAGUCAAAAUGAUGAGACCAAGGUUGUAUACACCUUUGAUCUUCAGCAAUGUUUGCCUACGCCAAACCUGAGUACCUCAGUUGCAUUUUAUAAAAGGCAACUGUGGACUUACAAUCUAACGUUACAUGAUUGCUCCCAUAAUAGUACGACUUGUUGCAUGUGGUACGAAACAGUAUCUGGAAGAGGCGCGAAUCAGAUUGCAUCAUGUUUAUUCAAAGAGCUGCGUUCUUCACAAGCACAAAUUAGACAGGUUGUACUCUAUUCCGACACUUGUGGAGGACAAAAUAAAAAUUCCCAUAUUGUUGUUAUGUUCCUACUUCUCAUGCAUUUCUCUAGUCUGUCUACAGUAGACCACAAAUUCUUGAUUCCAGGCCAUACAAGGAUGGAAUGUGAUAGCGACCAUUCAGUAAUAGAGAAAAAAAAGAAAAAAUAUGAAUUUCCUAUAGAACAUCCUAGAGAUUGGUAUCAGUUAGUGAGGCUAUGCGGGAAGAAGAAAGCUUUCAAAGUUGUAGAAAUGGAACAAGAUGAUUUCAUUGAUUUUGCCAGUUUGCUGAAAAGUCACUUCCAAGUUCGAAAGGUUGAUGACCAUGGUAACCGUUUCAUCUGGAAAAAUGUCAAAUGGAUAAGAUACGAAAAAAAUAAUUAUGGAAUGUUCACAUACAAAAACAGUCAUGACCAGAAUGAGGAGUUCAAGACCAUGAGCUUCCUCAGAAGGGGUCACGUAACUCCGCCUCAAAAAUUACCAAGGUGUAAAUUCCCAAAUUACAUAUCCGAGGAGAAGAAAAAAAAUCUAAUUGAACUAUUACCCUAUAUAAAUGGAAUUUUCCAUGAUUUCUAUAAGAACUUACCGACGGAAAAAACUAUUAGAGAUGAGUUGCCGGAUUUGGAAGAAACAUCAUCUGCUGAUGAAUAG